UCCGGCGGGCCGGCUCCGCCGCGGGCUGCGCGACAUCUCCUUCAUGGCGCGCCGGCGGCCCGAGCUGCUCUGCGGGGCCGUGGCGCUCGGCUGCGCGCUGCUCCUCGCCCUCAAGUUCACCUGCAGUCGAGCAAAAGAUGUGAUUAUACCAGCCAAGCCACCUGUCAGCUUUUUCUCCUCGAGGUCGCCAGUUCUUGACCUCUUCCAGGGGCAGCUGGACUACGCAGAGAUCAUUCGCCAGGACUCAGAGGUGGUGCUGCUCUUCUUCUAUGCCCCGUGGUGUGGCCAGUCCAUCGCUGCCAGGGCAGAAAUUGAGCAAGCAGCAAGUCGGCUUUCAGACCAGGUGUUGUUUGUGGCAAUUAACUGUUGGUGGAACCAGGGGAAAUGCAGAAAACAGAAACAUUUCUUUUAUUUUCCUGUAAUAUAUCUAUAUCAUCGGAGUUUUGGACCAAUCGAGUACAAAGGCCCCAUGAGUGCUGUUUACAUUGAGAAGUUUGUCCGCCGAGUGAUGAAACCACUUCUCUACAUCCCAUCUCAAUCAGAGUUACUAGAUUUUCUCUCAAACUACGAGCCUGGAGUCCUCGGGUACUUUGAAUUCAGUGGCUCACCCCAGCCCCCUGGUUAUUUGACCUUCUUCACAUCAGCCUUGCAUUCAUUAAAGAAAGAUUACCUAGGAACAGUACGAUUUGGGGUUAUCACAAAUAAGCAUCUUGCGAAACUGGUAUCCUUAGUACACUCUGGAAGUGUGUAUUUACAUAGACAUUUCAACACAUCACUUGUCUUCCCCAGGGAGAUCAUGAACUACACCGCUGAGAACAUCUGUAAAUGGGCCUUAGAAAACCGGGAGACACUCUUUCGAUGGCUGCGACCACAUGGAGGCAAGAGUCUUCUGCUGAAUAAUGAACUGAAGAAAGGACCAGCACUUUUUUUAUUCAUACCCUUUAAUCCCUUAGCAGAAAGUCACCCUUUAAUAGAUGAGAUCACCGAAGUGGCCUUGGAGUACAACAACUGUCAUAGGGACCAGGUGGUGGAGCGCCUCCUUCAGCACCUGCGGCACGUGGACACCCCAGUGUUCGAGUCGCUGGCCCCGGAGGCACCAGCCCAGCUGCCAGACCCGCCGCUCAUCACCAUGUCGCCCUGCUGCAACACCGUGGUGCUGCCCCAGUGGCAUUCUAUCUCCAGGACCCACAACGUGUGCGAGCUGUGCGUCAACCAGACUGCCGGGGGCGUCAAGCCCAGCUCGGUCAGCGUGCCGCAGUGCAGCUUUUUUGAGAUGGCGGCAGCUCUGGAUUCCUUCUACCUCAAGGAGCAGACCUUUUACCACGUGGCAUCAGACAGCAUAGAAUGCAGCAAUUUUUUAAGUUCCUACAGUCCUUUCAGCUACUACACUGCAUGUUGCAGGACCAUAAGCAGGGGCGUAAUGGGCUUCCUCGAUUCUGAGCACGAGCUCUUUGAAACCCCAGCCAUUACAUUCUCUUCCCUGGAGAAGAAAUAUGAAGUUGAGUCCCCGAGCUCCGUUCCUCACAUUGAGGAGAACCGGUUCCUCUUCCCUGGAGUGGAUGUGGAAAGCACAAGCUUCACAGGGCUGAGCUGCAGAACCAACAAGACCCUGAACAUCUACCUUUUGGAUUCCAAUUUAUUUUGGUUAUAUGCUGAGAGGCUGGGAGCCCCGAGCUUCACCCUCGUGAAGGAAUUUGCUGCAAUUGUCGAUGUGAAGGAAGAGUCUCAUUAUAUCUUGGACCCCAAGCAAGCUCUUGUGAAGUUCACCCUAGAGUCUUUUAUUCAAAACUUCAGUGUUCUCUACAGUCCCUUGAAAAGGCAUCUUAUUGGAAGUGACUCUGCCCAGUUCCCUUCUCAGCAUUUAAUCACCGAAGUGACAACUGAUACCUUUUGGGAAGUAGUCCUCCAAAAACAGGAUGUUUUGCUGCUGUACUAUGCACAGUGGUGUGGCUUCUGUCCAUCCCUCAAUCACGUCUUCAUCCAGCUAGCUCGCCUCCUGCCAGCGGACACGUUCACUGUGGCAAGGAUUGAUGUAGCUCAGAAUGAUCUUCCUUGGGAAUUUAUGGUUGACCGUCUUCCUACCGUCUUAUUUUUUCCCUGCAACAGAAAGGACUUAAGUGUGAAAUACCCCCAAGAUCUUCCCAUCACCCUCCCGAAUCUGCUCAAGUUUAUCCUGCACCACUCAAACCCCGAGCCUGCGCCCCAAAGCCUGGCGAACCCCACGACCAAAGAAUGUCAGCAGAGCGAGGAGGCGCUGCAGCAGGGGCACAUCUCGCACCUGGAGCGGGAGAUCCGGAAGCUGAGGGCGGAGCUCCGCGCCCUGCACAGUGCGCAGGCGCAGGUGGAGGCGCAGCUGGCUAGCGCGCGGCGGGACGAGCACCGGCUGCUGCGCCAGAAGCAGACCCUGGAGCAGCAGCACAGCCUGCUCCGGCUGCACAGCGAGCAGCUGCAGGCGCUGUACCAGCAGAAGACCGGCCAGCUCGAGGAGGUGGCCCGCAGGCUGCAGGAGCUGGCCGACGCCUCCGAGAACCUCCUCACCGAGAACGCCUGGCUCAAGAUCCUGGUGGCCACCAUGGAGAGGAAGCUGGAGGACAAGGAAGGCGCCGAAACGCUCGCCACACCAAAAGAGGCCCACACCGACCACCCUGAGCCCGUGGGGGAACCCCGGGUUCCUGGCGGCAACCCUCCCUCCUCCAACGUCAGCGCCACGCUGGCAUCAGAAAGGAGUCAUGAAAACAGGACAGACUAACUUAAAAUUUUAAAACAUGAAGAAAUCAAAGGGGAAGACUGUAUAUUGGGAAUAUAUUUAUGCAAAUUUUAUUGAAAUUUAUUGUAAAUAAAGAUUUUCUCAGUGGUCUAG